GUUAAAGAGUACCAUAUGCCAUGCGCAUCAUGAUAUAGCUUCUAUUCAGUUCUACUUGGACAGCAGGUGGAACUUAAAAACCCCAACGUUCCCCGCGGGAUCAAUCAAGUCCCCACUUCGCAGCAUCGGGAAUGGUACUCAAAUUGUUGGCUUCAGGACUCCUUGUAGCAGCCGCCCUGCUCUCCUCAUCGGUUAAUGCUGUGAAGAUGUCGAGAAGCGAGCUUCAUGCUCGCCAGAAAGCCGCAGCCGAACGGUUACGCACGGGACCUGUGUCCAACACGUUGGCGACUACUUUGGACUCACGGGCUCAAGUCAAGAACAUUACAUUCAAGAACCCCAAAGCUUCGCAAUUCUUCGUUGACGGAACGAGCAUUCCUGAGGUGGAUUUCGACAUUGGUCCAAGUUGGUCUGGCUUGCUUCCCAUUUCUUCCGAUCCGAAUGAAACUCGCAAGUUAUUCUUUUGGUUCUUCCCGCCCGGUCCCCAAGGCACACUGGACGAUGUUAUUUUCUGGACAAACGGUGGCCCGGGCUGCUCUUCUCUCGAAGGGUUUCUGCAGGAGAACGGGCCAUUCCAAUGGGGUGUCGGUACGGCGAAACCGAUUGUCAAUGAGCACAGCUGGACGAAUUUAUCGAGUGUUUUGUGGGUGGAACAACCUGUCGGUACGGGCUUCUCGCAAGGGAAACCAAAUAUCAGAAACGAAGAUGAUCUCGCCGAACAGCUGGUCGGAUUUUUCAACCAGUUUCUCGAUAUUUUCUCCGAGCUCAAGGGGAAGAAGUUGUAUCUUUCGGGUGAAAGCUAUGCUGGGGCUUAUGUUCCAUAUAUCGCGAACUAUAUUUACGAGCACCCUACCGAGUUACCUGGAUGGGACUUGCAGGGCAUCUGGAUUGCAGACCCCGUACUCGGUCUCGAUGCCUUGCAAGAACAGGUUCCUGCCGUGAACUUUGUCCAGAAAUAUGAAAACGUUUUUGCGUUCAACCAAUCUUUUAUGGCUCAGCUUAAUGCCACUGCGGCGUCAUGUGGAUAUACGGACUAUCUCAACGAGCAUCUUGUUGCCCCGCCUAUCGGCCCAUUACCCGUCCCAAACUCGAGUCGAAGGUGUGAUGUCUGGGACACUAUUUUUGAUGCGGCAUUGGCAGUCAACCCGGCGUUUAAUAUUUACCGAAUCUUCGAUACCUUCCCCGUGCUAUGGGAUGUUCUUGGUUUCCCCGGCUCCUUCGAACAGAUUCAACUCCCACCUGUUUAUUUCGACCGCGAGGACGUCAAGAAGGCGAUACACGCACCUUUAAAUGUCACUUGGAGUGAAUGUUCGGAUAUCGACGUCUUCCCUAAAGGCGAUGCAAGUGAUCCCUCUUCCUGGGUUGUUCUUCCGAAUGUUAUUGAAAAGAGCAAACGCACGGUCAUUGCCCACGGGUUGGCCGAUUUCAUCUUGAUAGCGGAGGGGGCUCGCCUUGUAAUCCAGAAUAUGACAUGGGGUGGUCUUCAGGGUUUCCAGACCGCAAUCAAACGAGACAGUUUUAUCGUAGACGGUAUGGGAGCUCUUGGAAACGCGCAUACCGAGCGAAACCUCACGUAUAUCGAAGUCGCAUUGAGUGGACAUAUGAUACCGCAGUAUUCCCCUCUUGCCGCGUUCCAGAGCAUGCAAUAUCUCAUGGGAUUCCGCGAUUCUGUUUGAGUUCAGACAGCAAAACCCGAGGAGAGACCAGGUUAUGGUACUUACAGAUUGCAACUGUCUCUUGGUUACUUACAGUAAUACAAUUUGGAAUUUUGACUGGCCUUCCUGAUUGGGCG